AUGAUACCCCUUUUAUACACUAAAGUAAAUCUUCUCAAGGGAGUGAGUCCAGCAUGCAUCUCCUAUUCCUUGUGCUCGCUUCGCUUAUAGUACAGCAACAUAUGAGAUUUUAAUCCAGCCUAAAAUUUCCAAAGAGCCGGAACUUAUCAGUGGCGUACACCUGUAUUGACAUACCAACCAAAGAAGCAACUCGUUUAAAAUUUACUAUCAUCCGGCGGAAAGAGAAGCGUGUAAAAACAUAUACACAGCAUGGAUACUGGCGUGCAAUAGCAGCUCUUGAAGGGGAAGAAUGAAUCCUAUAUGCGCCGUGUGUGCGCGGUGGCAAACAGGAGGCAAACAAAGUUUCCAGAGUUACGUACACGCUCCGUGCAGUAACUUAUUUUCCUGUUCCCGAGCGAAAAAAAAAAAUCGCUUCUUCUUUUCUUUUAUACCAUAGUUCCUAUCUCAUUUUAAAUUCAAAGCCAUAAUAAUGAAAACGUUGACCGCUCUUUCGUUACUCUGUGUCGCCGCACUCUGCGCCCAAGGCGAUGGUCAGUCUGACCAAAGAGUCGUCAAGCAAGACGACCAAGCGGUACAAACGACAUCGCGUCUCAUUAAGCUCAGUGACACUGAAGCAGCACAGUGGUUAAGCGAAUUCCAAGUCAUGGGUCUUGUUAAGCAAGGUACUCGAUUCAUGGACAUUACUGAUCACCAAGAAGAAGAAAAUAACGACGUGGUCCGGCCUGCUCGUGACGACAAGGUUCCGACCAGCGUGUCUAAUCAGGACGAGGUCAGCCUCUUCCUCAAAGACCUGACGACUGACUUUAUGCAGCAGUGGUUGGCGAAAUUCACAUCGUUCCAUACCCGGUAUUACAAAUCAACUUGGGGCGCACAAUCGUGUGCUUGGCUUAUCAGCAAAGUCCGUGAGAUCGCUGAGCCAGCUGGCAAUCGUAUUACCGUUCGCGAAUUCAAACACUCUUGGCAGCAAUUUUCUAUUAUUGCUAGAUUUGAAGGCACCAACAAAGACCUCGACAAUGAAGCUGUGAUCAUCAGUGCCCAUCAGGAUUCUGUGAACAUGUGGCUGCCUAGUUUAGGAAGAUCGCCUGGUGCCGAUGAUGAUGGUAGCGGUACUGUCACGAUCUUGGAAGUCUUCCGCACGCUUGUCAAGAAUGGUUUCCAGCCUGAGCGACCUGUUGAGUUCCACUGGUACAGUGCUGAAGAAGGAGGCCUUUUAGGCUCCCAAGAAGUGGCAAAGCAGUACAACAAAGAAGGAAGAGAAAUCGUCGCCAUGAUCCAGAACGAUAUGACGGGUUACAUUGGUGCACAUGGCGAAGUUAUUGGUCUUGUCACGGACUAUGUCAAUGACAAGCUGACCAAUUUUAUUCGGGAUUUGAUUAAAUCCUAUGCCGAGAUACCUGUUGUAGAUACUAAAUGCGGUUAUGCCUGCAGUGAUCACGCAUCCUGGCGCAAAUUCGGUUAUCCUUCCGCGUUUAUGAUUGAGAGCUCGUUUGAGGAUUCGAACCAACGCAUCCAUACUUCGGACGAUAGCAUAAAAUAUCUUUCCUUCGACCACAUGUUGCAAUUCUCCCGUGUACUCGUUGGCUUCGCUGUCGAGCUUUCUCAUGCUGACUAGAGGAAAUUAUCAAUCGUAUCCAAUAAAAUCUUGUGAGGGA